CCCCCGCCGCCCGCCGGGGUCCGCCCGCCCCCGCGCCGCCUGGGUUUGCGGAAGGCUGUCCCCGUGUCCGCGACUACGUCCCUCCUCGCCGCUGCGCGGUUGCGGCGCUCGGUUGCGCGCCCAGGCCGUGCUUCGGUGCGGGGGCGUGUCCCCCUUGGGGGUGGGAGCCCUGGCGUACAGGUGGCGGUGGGCUUGGGCCAUCUCGGCGUGUGACCUGCCCGGGAGCACAGCGUACCCGCGGCGCGACCCGUCCCGCGGCCUCUCCCUGGCGCUCGCGCUCGGAGCGACUCGGGAGCCCGCCGUCCUGUGUGGCUCGUGGAGGAAGCCCGCGGGAAGCAGGUUGUCGCAGGGUGCGGGGAGGACGAGAGGGGCACCCUCCCACCGUGGCCCGCACCCUCGUGUCCGGGAAACCAGCGCUGGUCGCCAUGGCAAACCCCUGGUUUGAAAGCUGGUUACCGCCAGAAUAGAUGUCACUCGUACACUUCUCCCAAACGUUAGUCCGUGGGACAGCUCGCGGGAGAUCUUAAUGCACAGGGUGGAACAGGCCCAGCUCGCCAGCUGGUGGGCACGCCUAUCUAGGCAUGUGCCCUGCUCCCGGCACCGGGCCACCACGUGUGAUAAAAAGGACGUGAGUGGAAUGGGGCUGCAUUAACCUGGCCUUGGGGCUGUCUCUGUUUCCUGUUCACUGGCUUGGAGAGAAAAGUCCACUUCCCACACUUCAGCUGUCCCAGCUGGGCGUCCCACAGAGAGCCAGCCUCCUCGCCAGCUGCACUCACGGCUCUCCUCGCUGCUCCCAGGCACCCAGCUGGGUCUGCGCCCGGCCGCUGGCACCCAGUUUCCUCUUCACUGGGUAAAAAAUGAAGUUAUGCCAGAACAGGAUCUCUGCACACCUUGUAUGUCACCGCAGGGAAAACAUUUGUUCUGCUUCCUUCCACAUUUAACUUCUGGUGCGGCGCAGCGCUCACAGUCUCGUCAUUCCAGGAAAGCGUGGACAGAAAAUGCCAGGUGCUGGAAGGCAGGGCCGUGUGGCGUGGCAGUGCGCUCCUGUGGGUCUGAAACGCUCGGGACAGCGCAUCUGGUUGUAGCUCCUGUGAUGCUCGUUACUGGGGUCUUGUGUUGCUUGAGUUUUUUACACAAUAUCUUUUCCUGAGCCCCACGCUUUUAAUCUACAACGGGGACAGCUGGCAGGUAGACUUGCAGUAUGUCUGAAGCUUACCUUCAAGAGAAGGAUCAGAAGGGGAGACCCCAAUUAAUGUGCAAUCCACCCAAAUAAUGACAGGUAUCUAGGCAGCCUAGCUCAGCCAGGGCCCAGGAAAGGACGGAUGUGUUGAGCGCUCUGGCCGUAACGUGACGCCAAAUGACAGUGACUGGCCCGCGAGCCCUCAUGGGCUUUCCUCAGUGUGUGCCGCCUCCCGCCAAGCCCAGUUCUGAAUCUCUCAUUAGUGUCCUGUGCUGACCCAUUCAAGACCCUGCCCAAGUGAGGCCCACGGAGGGCCCCGAAUCUGCACAAGGAUCUGACGUCCCCACACCGAGGCUGGGUGCAGCAGACCGGGACAGAAGCACAGGCAAGCAGGUUCAUGGCGCAGCCUAGCUCCAGCCUUCUUGGCGCGAUGCUUGCCAAACCCUAAGUGUUUACCGAUGUAGCCACACGUCAUGAUGUGCAACUAGCUGAACUUCUUCAGACAGGAAGUCUGCCCCAGGCCACGUGCGGUCCAGGAGUCUGACGCUGCUCCGGGGUCAUUUUGUCACCUCGAGAUAAGGAAACAUAUAAGCGCUGUGGGAAUAGGAAGUCCAAGAGAUACAUGAUUAAAAGAUUGGGUUGUUGGCUCAGGAGAUUCUUAUUUUUGGAGGGAUGUUUGGGGCAAUGAAUACAACCGCAGAGGAAAGCAACACAUCUCUUAGUGAUGAAAAAAGAUUUGUAACCUGAACGGGGAAAGGCUGUCAUCUAGUUACACAUGUGUAGCAAAUACACGGAAGACAGAGAAGCUGCUGGGUUGCGUUCCAGGACGUCUCCUGCCCCACCUGGCCUCAGGUGUGGCUCCAGCUUCACUUCUCCCGUGCUCCCAGGUACACAUGGUCCCCCAGCCUCGAGUUCUGAAAAGCAGAUUGUCUGGUCCUCCUUGGCGAUGGAAAGGUAGCCAGCUGCAGGCGCAAAUAAAUGUGGGCUCCUUCCCAUAACCGCCGUCAGAGGAGAGGGGCUGGGGUGAUGUGUCACGUCCCCAAGGCCCAGUGCAGCACCCCGGGAGGGCUGCAGCCUGUGAGUGCUACUUUCUCUUCCAGGGGGCACUUCCAUGGCCGUAUCCUGCUGCUGUGUCCUGUGUCCUCGGCAGCCACAGACCCAGGCCUCUGCAGGACAACGCCCGAGGCCAGCUCUCCGCUCCUGCUUUUUGCUCCUGUUAACCCCGUUCCCCUUUCCUACAAGUUCUGCAUAGCGAUUCCACCUCUAAGCGGAAGGGAUGUUCACUAACAGGCUUACAGAGGUGCUCAGAAUGGAGCACUGGCUCUGGCAGCCCUGUGCGGGUCCCGGCACCCUCGGUGUGGGCCACCUGCCCCCCAUCAGGCCAGCAGGGCCAGGGAAGGGAAUGCCCUCGCUCUGAAUGCUUAGGCUCAGCAUGAACAAAUAUGAGGUUCGCAGAGCUUAGGAAAGUCAGCGGUGGCUAUGUCACUGCCCCCAAAAAGCGAGAAGUUUAUUUUCUUUGGAGAAAACAAAAUUUUUUUUUCUCUGUCUUGUGACCAAGGCCAUGGUCAGGGUGAUGUGAGGCCAUCCUGCCUGCAGUCGCCAAGGAUGGGCCGAGGCUUCUUGCUCUAAGCCAGGGUGUUCCUGUGGGGGGAGGUCCCAGCUCCACUCUCUAGGCUACAGGGGCCUGGCUGCUCCUGUGGCACCAGGAGGAGCAUCAGUGGAUGCCCAUAGGUGGGACUUUAUGCCACGCGCAGGGGCCUGAGCUGGACCUGCGUGUUGUGGUGCCUCCAAGGUGGCGGAGUAGCCCUGGCAGGUGUCCCCCAGGGGCAUGGCUGCUGGCCCCAGAAUCCUUAACCUCCUGCCAGCUCUCGUCAGUCCUUCUGCAGAUGCUGCUGUACCUCAGUGGGGCAUACUGCGCUCUCUACUUCCUGGCUACCCUCCUGAUGAUCAUGUACAAAAGUCAGGUUUUCAGUUAUCCUCAUAGUCACCUGGUCCUCGACCUAACCCUGCUGUUUCUGCUGGGGAUUCUGGAAGCAACUCGCUUGUACUUCGGCACCAAGGGCAACCUGGUGGAGGCCGAGGUGCUGCUGGCCACCAGCCUGGUCCUCACAGCGGCCAGCACCCUUCUGUCUGUCUACUUCCUGCUCUGGCAGACCCUGGUGCUCUGGGCAGACUCCGUCCUCAGCGCCAUGCUCCUGACGCUCCACAGCCUGGAGGCCAUCCUGCAGGUGGCGGCCAUCGGUGCCUUCAUCAGCUAGACGGGCGAUGCCCAGCGCCCACGACAGCCUGGACAGGACUCCUGGAGCCCCGCGGUCCCCCGUCCUCGCACGGAGAGAAGUGCACCUUCCCCCCGUUGGUCGCAUGUGAGGGUCGGGUGACCCGAGGGGAUUAUGAAUCGUGUCGGGAACAGUUGCAGGUGUGGUCAGGCUGCCCUGGGCUGUCUCUGUGGGAAGUGGCAGGGACAUCUGCUCAGUCUCCCUGAUUUGGGCACCCUGACCUAGACAGCCAGCGUGGGAACCAGGCAAUCAGGCCCACAAACCUCAGGGGCCAGUGGGCUCCGCCCUGUCACCUCCCAGGAGAAGCAGCUUCCUGGUGUCCAUGGCCAUCUCCCCAGGGUGUGCCUGGAGCUUGGUGACUGAGGGGCAGGCCAGGGUAGUGGCCCCCUCUCACUGCACACGAGUCUGUGUGCUCCAGGCCACACGUGUCCGCACCGGGGGAGCGGGGAGGGCGUGAGCCAGGGGCCUCGGCCCCAGCCGGCCAGGUCCUGCCUGACGCCAUGCUGGGGGGCGGGGGGAGGUAGGCUCCUCAGCCGCCACACGGAGACUGACCCAGGGCUGGUGACAGCCACUUGGGGCUCAGCUGUCGCAGCCUCAGUUGCAGUCUGUGCUGGGUGCUGGGUGCGUUUAGUCCCACUGUGAGCCGACCCUUUCCGAUGACACCCUCCCCUCGGCCGCGGUGCACGUGUUCUGUUUGGAGCCGCGCGUCCGGGUGGUCCUAGCUUUUUCCCCGCGUUUUAAAUAAAGAAGUGUUCACACCUUUCUGAGCUGA